AUGAAACAGUUUUGGGUACUCCCGCUACUUUGCAAGGUUGUUCUUGGACGUGCAAAUCCUGUUGCAUUUGCUGAGGCUCUUGCUUUGGAGCAUGGCUCCGAUUAUGCGAACACCAUGGGUGAGAUUGCAAUGCUGUAUCCAACUGAUAGAGAAUGGUCGGAAGAGGCUGAAACAAUCGCUCCCUGUGGGUCCUAUGCCAGUCCUAACAAUAGGUCGGAGUUCCCGUUGGACGAUGGUUUCGUGGCUUUGGUUGCAAAGUCUCACCAGGCGUGGUCUGUCAACCUCAAGAUCUCCUACAACAACAAUCCAAAGUCUAAUGAUGACUUCGACACCUGGGCUACCCACAACUUGACUAACCAGAUCGAUAUUGGACACACGUGCUUCUAUCUGCCAGACAUUCCUUCUAACAUCAAUAGCGGAGAUAAUGCUACCAUCCAGUUGGAGUACAUGGCUAUGGAAGAUGAGUCGAACGUGACUCACUACGCCUGUGCCGACAUUGAGUUUGUGGAGAAGAACGUCUUUGAGGUCACGGAGUACGCUCUGAACUGCUUCAAUGCCACUGACGACAACUACUAUUCCAGCGAUAUCACUGUGGACACUUCCUCCUGGCUCUCGUCUGCCUCCUCAGCACACUUUGCUACAUUGUCUGAGAGCACCACUUCCAAGGCUGCUACCACCACCACCUCCUCAAGCAGCAGCGGCACAACUACCUCUGCUAGCUCCUCUUCUUCCAGCUCCAAGGGCAUGGCAGGACAGGUCUCGGCCUCUGGUCCGUUCGGACUUUUGUUUGGCUCUCUCUUGUUCUUCCUUCUAUAG